AUGAGUCGCCUCGUGCAGAUCGCUCAGCGGUCCAACAAGGCCCCCGUGGGCUUCAAAGUGCAGCUCGUGGUGCACCGCUUGAACGCCAACUUGGCCGUCAAGCAUGACACCGAGCUGGUGGCUGUCAUAAUGGGCCGGAAGAAGAAGAUUCCGACCAAGCCCGCAGUCUACCAUCCUGCUGACCCCGGUGACGAUGGCUCAUUAAGACGGUUGAACGGGUCCAGGGCGAUUCAGUCGUCACAGUCGAGGAGCGGAGACACAGGCGAAGUUGUCUGGGGUGACAUGGUGGCGUUCUCCAGCACGCUCUACAUGGCCAAGUCGGGGCUCUUCCAGGCCAAGCGCUUCCAGAUCCACAUCAACACCGUCGGCGAGCACGGGAGAACCCUCGCGGUAUUCGAGUUUGACUUGGCGGAGCUUGUUCCCGUCUCGAAAGACUCGGGUAAGGAGAGCGUACGCUUGAACACGACCAAGUGCACGGAUGAUCCUCGAGCUUGCAUGUCGAUCACUGUUGUAAGCUCUCGGGUGAACCGCGGACGCGAUGGCGUGGGCCACGAGAGGUCUUACGUCGAGGACAGCACGAGCGAAAUGGGUUCGGAGAUGUCGGCGUACACGAACAACAGUCGCGCGUCCUCGUUGGCCUCAAACUGCCGCCGCAACAUCGACACGCCCAUCCCUGAGCAUGUCGGCCUUGGCGAAGGAAAAGCUGACGCUAUUCGCACUGCUGGACAUCCAGCAGCAUCGGACGAGGCCGUUGCAGCGGCUGACAAUGCUCGUGACGAACUUGUGAAGGCUCUGCAGAACCUGGAAGCUCAGCUACGAGAGAGUGAAGUGGCUAACGUCAAGCUCGAAGCUGCAAUCGAGCAAAAGGACCGAGAGAUCGAGCGGCUCACUCGAAUGGCAGCGGGAAUUGGCGAGUCAAGCUCCGAGGCGGAAGAUGGCGUCAUGCAGGUGGACUUCCUCGUCUACAUGACGUUGAAGGAGCAGUUUGACGCCUUGAAACUCGAGCACGAGGCUUGUCAAACGGCCCAAAAGAGCGCGGACGGUCCUCCAGCUGCCAGUGGCAUGUACACGAUUGCUGAUGUAGAGAACGAGGAGGAAGACAACAAGGAAGAGGGUGGUAGUAAACCCAAAGAGUCCGUCAAGGACGAUGUCUCCGAGGCUUCUUCUGCGAACGAGUACGUGGAUGCUGAGGAGCCUCAUCUGGUUGCGGAGGUGAGCGCGCUCAAACAACUUCUAGCGACGCAGCGCACCGAAGCCGAGCAGCUUAACGCUACCAUUCAGGAGCUGACUUCUUCUAACACCGAGCUCGAGGCUCAGUUACGGGAGCUGCGAGCUGCCAUCGAGCAGAAGGACGAGGAGCUGCAGCUCUCUACGGCUGCGCUGCAACGCGCUGAGUCCGUGCGCAACGAGAUCGGUGACACCGAAGCUGGGGAGGCUGAAGCUCAAGCGCAGGCGUUGGAGACCGCUCUGAGCGACAACAAGCGCCUGGAGCGUCAACUGCUCAAGUUUGACGGCGCUAUGACCGCGAUGGAGGAGGAGAAGGCUCGACUGCUGGCCCAGCUGCGCGAGGCCGAGAUCGCCAGUGCCAACGCGCAAGAAGAGAUCGUCAAGGUGCAGAACGCCCUCGAGCAGCUCGAGACCAAGAGCCAAACGCUGUCGACGAAGCUGGAAGAGGCGGAUCAAGCGCGCGAACGCGCGGAGGAGAACGCCGUUGCAACGGAGGCGACGGUCGGCACGCUGCAGCAGCAGGUCCGCGACGUGUCGACCCAGCUGCAGGAGACGCAGCAGGAACUCGAAAGCCUGCGGGACAACCAACUGACCGCUAGCGCAGCCGCGCUCGAGGAGGCGACGACGAAGCAUCAGGCGCUCGAGCGGCUCUGGGAAGACGUCAAGACGGAGAACGAGCGGCUGCAGGCCCGCGUGGAGGAGCUCGAGUUCUGCUUGGCGCAGUCCGAGGCCAACGGCGACGAGAAGGCGGCCGAGCUGCAGGCGCAGGUAGACGAGGUCAAGCGCGAGGCAGAAGCUCUACGCGAGGAGCUGGAGGCUCUGCGCGCAUCGAAGACGCAGAUCGAGAGCGAGUCGCUCGAGCGCGAACUGCAGCUGCAGGAGACGACGGAGACCCACCGCCGCAUGUCGGUGGACCACGACGAGCGCCUGAGCAGCGAGAUCAUGGCGCGCGAGGAGCUACUGACGCGGCUGCAGGAGCAGGUGCAGCAGACCGAGACGCUGUCGGCUGAGCUCAGCUCCAAGGUGGUGGCGCUCGAGCAGGAGCUCGACUACUUCCAGGGCGAGCUCAUCGAGAGCAAGAUGAAGGUGGCGCAGCUCACGCAGAGCAACGACGAGCUGGCCAUGCGCAACCGCCACCUCGAGAAGGACGCGGCCGCGCACGCCAAGAAGUAG